AGUUGCCGUUGCCUUGGCUCAAGGCCUGUGGGCCACCACGUUCUAAGUUGCAGGCUCGCCGAGUCCUCCAGGCGGCCUGGACUCAGAUGGCCUUUAGGAUCUGAGGAGUCGGUUUUUGGGCAUUGCACGCUUGACUCGUGCAAGCCCGUGGCAAAUCAGCCAGUGUCCUUUUUUCCUCUGGGCGAGGAAGCAGGCAGUCCCAGCGUUGCGACUGCAGUAGCCAAGGUGGGGAUCGUUCAACUCAGAUGCAGGAGAAGUUUGACGCGGGAUGCCUGCUGAGCCUCGGUGUACAAACCCGCUUGGCCACGGCGGCCCUGAACUAUGAGAUCUAUUGCAUUCUCGACGGCUCGCCGUCGGAGGCGCCGAGCAUCACGGAGCUCUCGGACUUCGCCACGGGGCAGUGGGGCGCUCUGCGCUUCGGGCUCCACCUCGCGUCGGUGGGUUUCAGUGACUUGUGCUGCUACCUGGUGCUGUCGCACGCGACCGCCAAGGAGUCCUGGUCCCCGCUCUUCCGCGGCUUGCUGGUCGCCAGCUGCUCCCUGGACGUCGUCCAGGCGAUGACCACGAACUUCGCCUAUCACUACGUGGCGAUCCAGCUGGCAGGCUGCGGCAUGUGCCUCACGCUUCUGCUCACCCUCCACUUUCUGUGGCAGAAGCCAGAGGUGAACAUGGCCCGCUUGCGCUUGGCCACCAGCCUCUUCGUGGCACUCUUCUUGGAUCUUGCAGCGGUGGCGGUGCUCCACAACCAGUGGGCCGCUUCGUCGUUGUCCUGGACGGCGCUGGAGUAUCUGGGCCUGGCACUGUACACAUCGGUGCUCGUGGCCAUCGGGGGCCUCUUGCCAAAAGGCGCGCUGGUGAAAUUUGGAUGGCUCCCGCGCAUCGUGGACAAUAAGGCACUGUUACCUCAACACCUGAAGGCUCCAAAGCGAACGAGCUGAUCGCGAGAUUGG